GGGUUCACUGUGCUUGCGUGAGGGACAUUGGAUGACUUUGUGCCGUGUUUAGCUCUUUCAUUUUGACAGGAAAAAGGAGAUCGUUAACGCGAUGGAGGCUCUUAUUCCUGUCAUUAACAAGCUCCAGGAUGUCUUUAACACAGUGGGGGCAGAUAUUAUCCAGUUGCCCCAGAUUGCAGUGGUGGGAACGCAGAGCAGCGGGAAGAGCUCUGUGCUGGAGAGUUUGGUUGGCAGAGACCUCCUGCCCCGUGGGACGGGCAUCAUCACCCGCAGACCACUCAUCCUGCAGCUGGUUAACGUAGACGCAGAGGACAGAAGAAAGACUGGAGAGGAGAACGACCCCAAUGCCUGGAAAAAAGGACGCCUUUAUAAAGGAGUGGAUGGAGAAGAGUGGGGGAAAUUUCUACACACCAAAAACAAGCUCUAUACAGAUUUUGAUGAAAUCAGGCAAGAAAUUGAAAAUGAAACGGAAAGAAUUUCUGGCAAUAACAAGGGGAUCAGUGAUGAGCCAAUACACCUGAAAAUCUUCUCACCACAUGUUGUAAACCUCACACUGGUGGACCUGCCUGGCAUCACAAAGGUUCCGGUGGGAGAUCAGCCGAAAGAUAUUGAGCUUCAGAUCCGUGAACUUAUCCUGAAAUACAUCAGCAACCCAAACUCCAUCAUCUUAGCUGUCACUGCGGCUAACACAGACAUGGCCACAUCUGAAGCUCUGAAAGUAGCUCGCGAGGUGGAUCCAGACGGUCGCAGAACACUGGCGGUCGUGACUAAACUAGAUCUGAUGGAUGCCGGUACUGAUGCAAUGGAUGCACUUAUGGGAAGGGUCAUUCCUGUCAAACUUGGACUGAUCGGAGUGGUAAACAGGAGUCAGCUGGACAUCAAUACUAAAAAAAGUGUACAAGAUGCUAUUCGUGAUGAGCAUGCCUUCCUACAGAAGAAAUACCCCUCUCUCGCCAACAGAAACGGAACCAAAUAUCUCGCCAGAACAUUAAAUAGGUUGUUAAUGCACCACAUAAGGGACUGUCUACCAGAGCUGAAGACACGUAUCAAUGUUCUGGCUGCCCAGUAUCAGUCUCUGCUCAGCAGCUACGGCGAGCCGGUUGAGGACAAGAGCGCCACCCUGCUGCAGCUCAUCACAAAGUUUGCCACUGAGUACUGCAACACUAUUGAAGGAACAGCCAAAUAUAUUGAGACAGCUGAACUGUGUGGUGGUGCAAGGAUUUGUUACAUUUUCCAUGAGACAUUUGGCAGGACACUGGAAUCUGUUGACCCUCUUGGUGGACUUACAACCAUAGAUGUACUUACAGCUAUCAGGAAUGCUACGGGUCCACGUCCUGCUCUGUUUGUGCCUGAGGUUUCAUUUGAGUUGCUGGUGAAGAGGCAGGUGAAGCGUCUGGAGGAGCCCAGUCUGCGCUGUGUAGAGCUUGUGCAUGAGGAGAUGCAGAGGAUCAUUCAGCACUGUAGUAACUACAGCACUCAGGAGUUGUUAAGGUUUCCAAAACUCCAUGAUGCCAUAGUAGAAGUGGUCACCUCUCUGCUCCGGAAGCGGCUGCCAGUCACCAAUGAAAUGGUUCACAACCUUGUGGCGAUUGAGCUUGCUUAUAUCAAUACAAAGCACCCAGACUUUGCAGAUGCUUGUGGACUCAUGAACAACAACAUUGAGGAGCAGAGACGUAAUCGAAUGAGAGAGAUGCCCUCAGCUGUGCCUCGUGAUAAGUCCUUAAGGGGUCCUGGUGGGCAGUCAGUUUCACCCACUGAGCAGCUGCCUGCUGAGGGCGAUGGUCCCAAGAUGGCUGGAGGAGCUCAAGGAGAGCAGGAAGGAGGAACAGGGACCUGGAGAGGCAUGCUGAAGAAGGGAGACGAUAUUCAGGGAGACGAUAGGACCAAACUGCAGAGCUCCAUCCAAGCCAGCCCUCAGAUAGGACAUGCAGUCAACCUACUUGAUGUGCCAGUGCCAGUUGCCAGGAAACUCUCUGCUCGUGAACAGAGGGACUGUGAGGUCAUUGAGAGGCUGAUUAAAUCCUAUUUCCUUAUUGUCCGUAAAAACAUUCAAGACAGUGUACCAAAGGCUGUGAUGCACUUCCUGGUGAACCAUGUGAAGGACAGCUUACAGAGUGAGCUGGUGGGGCAGCUGUAUAAACCCGCUGUGCUGGAUGACCUCCUCACAGAGUCAGAGGACAUGGCCCAGCGGCGUAAUGAGGCUGCAGAUAUGCUCAAGGCCUUGCAGAAAGCCAGUCAGGUGAUCGCCGAAAUUCGAGAAACACACCUGUGGUGAAGUUCGGUGCAGAUGUACCACUCCCUUUCUCUUUCACUCAAGUCCUGCGGUCUGUACCGGGCCUGUCCCUUACUGUCUGGAUUUCACAGGCAGCCAACUUGAAAAAUGCACUGGUGUCAAUUUGUGUGUAUUGAAUAUAGUUUUAUUAUGUAUGCGAUGGACUUGAACUACAUUGAGGGCAUAUAACGACCACCUUCACACCGUCCCAUUCAGUGAUAUCUUCAUUCAUGUAUUUAAGCUACCAUGUAUGCGCUAGAUAACGUGUGUGGCCUGUUAAAGGACUGUUUGUUGCUGAUGUAGUCUAAAUUAAAGGUAGUGAUAUAAACAAACACCUGCAUUUUUGUGUUCUAGGCUGUGAAAAUAGCUUUGCUCAAGCUAACAAAUUUUUAAAUGUAAAUAAGAUUUUGAUGUUAUUGUGCCAUUUAUAGUAAUUUAAGACAGGAAAAAUUUUCAUGCUUUAUUUGCAUCUUUGGAAAUGCUUUAAUCGAUCAUCAUUUCUGAUACCUUAUUUAUCUACUUUUUUCACUUUUAAUCAUAUAAACUUAAUGGUGAGGCUGCUUUACGUAGUGUAUUAGGUAAGUUUCAUGCAGUUUAUUUGUAUAAUUCUGCAUUCAUAUGCGAUUCUUGCAAAACCUGUUAAGAUAACUUCCUG